AUGUUCACGGAGGGUUCAGAUGAAAAUGCAAUCAACUGGAUCAAGAAGGGGACGGAUACGGAUCAAGAACCCUGCAUUAGAUCUCCCUUUAACAAGAAUCUACCUCUUGAUACAUUUCUGAAAUCUUCUCUUUCCUACAAUACUCCCACUGCUUUCAUGGCUCCUCAUGGGCUGCCACCAUUGAGAUUCCACUUUGCCUUCUUAACUCCUCACAGCCUUGCGGCUUCUUGCCUCGAUGAUGAAGACAAGAGAGUGAUGAUUCAGUUUCUGAUGGUGCCCGUGGUAGCUUCUCUGUGCGUAAAGAAGAGGAGGAGGAGGUUUUGGGACCUAGACAGGAUAAUGAUGAAGAGGAGGUUCUUGGUAACAAGUAUAGGUCAAAGUUAAAUGGAGGGUUCUUGAAGGAAAAGAAUUUGAGGAUUGAGAUCCCUGGCAGUAACAGAAGAUUAACAGAUGGCGAGUUGGGGAUGAGGAAAUUUGCCAUCAAGAAUUUGUUCCCAGGUGGUAGCGCUCGGCUUGGAGAAGGAGUUCAAUCACCCAAUGCCCAGUUAAGAAUUUUGGUUACUCCUGUCGACUCUAAAAGCAUUCAUGUAGAGGUAGAACAUAUGGGUACACCAAGUGCACCACCUAUAAUUGAGACUGAAAGAGAAGUGAAGAGCUUUGCAGAAGUUGAGCAACAUGAAGUAAGAAUUUCCAAGGAGAGAGAAUCAGAAUUUGAUGGUAGGAAAGAAUGUUCAGCAGAUGAUAGCAAGAUGCAAGCUUUAAAAGACACUGGUAGCGAGAGUACAAAAAAUACCACAAUUGAAGGAGGAGUGCAAAUCCAUUAUUGGCAAAGCUGCCUGGAUCAUUCACCUUGCUACAAUACAAGAUUACACAAAUUUUUGUUCCAACCUCGAGGCAUGCAAAUGACAGAAUUGAGGACUGGUAAGCAUUCAGAACAAAUGUGCGCAGCGACAGGAAAGAAGGUGGUUGGAAAAAUAAGAGUGGAAGUGAGGAAACUUCGAAUAAUACCCAGGUGGAAACUUAGGAGCACUCAUUCAUUACGAGGUGCAAUGAACAUGCAAGAGUGAGCAGAAUAUGUUCAAUAUGUUUCUUCACUAGUGAAAACUGAGAUGAAUUCUCUUAAACUAGCCUCCUUGUCUAUGAAGACAGUAGAUUCAGAAGAUUUCGAUUAAAACAUGAUACAUUGGGAGAUAAAAGAUUACGAGUAAAUAUCUUAUUGAUAGUAUUUAGAUUCGAUAUUUUUAUGACUUAGAAGAGUGAAUCUUAAGAUUUUGAGAUCAUAGGAAUCAC